ACUGGAGCUUUUCCUACCCUUCUGCAAGAAUAGACUUCUAACCAUUGUAUUAGGAGGAAGUUAUCAACAAAGGUUAAUUCAAACAGCUAAUGUUUGAAAGUUAGUAAUGGCUAACCAGCAAACAAACGGCGUCAACAACAAAAAAGAAUACAGAACAGCCACAGCACUGUUUAUUUAUGUUUUGUGAGAGAUAAGGAACCAUAUGUGCGCUCAGUAGGGGUUAAAUGCAAAUUCUGCCUGGGUGAAUUAAGGUCUGAUUUCAAAUGAAACCUUAAAAAAUCUUGCAACAUGUCGUUUAAUAAUUUAUGGAGUUAAUCUUGACUUUUGGUCAAAUGUUUUGUUACUCAAAUAGCUUUGCUGCCAACUGAACGUGUCAGUGUUGCAGACCAGAGUGAUAAGGAUUUGAGGUGGUUUUGAUGCCAAAAUGCCAACACUGGAUGACAUUUUAGAGCACAUUGGAGAAUUCGACAGGUUCCAGAAACAAACCUUCUUCGCCCUGUGUUUGCUUUCUGCUGCCUUCACUCCAGUCUAUGUGGGGGUCGUCUUCUUCGGGUUCACCCCCGAGCACCGCUGCUUCAGCCCUGGCGUGGCGGAGCUGAGCCAGCGCUGUGGCUGGAGCCUGGCGGAGCAGCUGAACCACACCGUUCCCGAGUGGGGCAGCCAUGGGGCCGCCUACAGCAGCCGCUGCAGCAGGUAUGAGGUGGACUGGAACGCAACGGCUGUCAGCUGCACCGACCCCCUUGGCAGCCUGGUGGGCAACCGGAGCUCUGUCCCACUUGGCCCCUGCCAAGAUGGGUGGGUCUACGACUACCCUGGCACCUCCAUAGUGACUGAGUUUAACCUGGUGUGUGAAGACUCCUGGAAACUGGACCUCUUUCAGUCAUCUGUGAAUGCUGGGUUCUUUAUUGGCUCUGUCAACAUUGGCUACAUAGCAGACAGGUUUGGCCGUAAGUUUUGCCUUUUAACCACAAUUCUUGCAAAUGUGGUCUGUGGGAUCCUGCUGGUAUUUGUGCCCAGCUACCUGUGGAUUGUGAUCUUUCGCUUCUUGCAAGGGCUGGUCAGCAAGGGCUGCUGGACUGCAGGCUACAUCCUUGUGACGGAAGUUGUUGGCCCGCAGUACAGGAGAACGGUGGGGAUCCUCUACCAGGCAGCCUUCUCAGUGGGGCUCCUGGUGUUCGAUGCCAUUGCUUAUGCAGUCCCUCACUGGCGGUGGCUGCAGCUCACUGUCACCUUACCCUGCUGCUUCUUAAUGCUCUACUACUGGUGCCUUCCAGAGUCUCCCAGAUGGCUGAUAUCUCAGGGAAAAACUGACAAAGCUAAGAAAAUUGUCAGUGAUAUAGCUAAAAAAAAUCGGAAAAAGAUGCCUUCCCAUUUUGAGGAUAUUAAAUUUGAAGAUGAAGAUAGUGGGAAGCAGAGUCCUUCACUCAUUGACCUUGUCAGGACACCGCAGAUGAGAAAAAACACAUUCAUUUUGAUGUACAACUGGUUCACAAGCUCCAUCCUCUACCAAGGGCUCAUCAUGCACAUGGGACUAAUGGGUGGAAACAUUUAUCUGGAUUUUCUCUAUUCUGCUCUCGUUGAGUUUCCAGCUGCCUUCAUCAUUAUUGUCACUAUUGAUCGUAUUGGCCGUCGCUACCCAUGGGCUACAGCAAACCUGGUGGCUGGGGCUGCCUGCCUUGCCACAGCCCUGAUCCCUGAGGACCUACAUUGGCUGAAAUUAAUUGCUGCUUGCCUUGGGCGAAUGGGAAUCACGAUAGCUUUUGAAAUGGUUUGCUUUGUAAACACUGAGUUAUAUCCAACGUACAUCAGGAACCUUGGUGUGAUGGUCUGCUCUGCCUUGUGUGAUGUUGGUGGAAUUGCUGUCCCAUUCAUCGUCUACAGGCUGGUGGAAAUCUGGCAUGAGUUGCCACUGAUAGUCUUCACUGUUCUUGGUUUGAUUGCGGGUGGAUUGGUGUUGUUUCUGCCUGAAACUAAAGGAAGAGUUUUGCCUGAGACUGUUGAAGAUGUUGAAAACUUUCACAGGCGAAGCACUCCAAAGGACAAAAAGAUCUAUCUCCAUGUCCAAGCAUCAGAAGUAGCCCAUGAUUGAAGAAGGCACAACUUUCUGGGCAGUCUGCUUUAGAGCACUACUGUAAAAAAUAAAAUUAGAAUGAAUACUC